CAAUGAGAUUAGUUGCUUUCACUUGAGAGUUGAAACUGGAAAGGAUGCUGUUGUCUAUCCUUUAUUUAAUUGAUUGGGACUCUAAAGAAACUAAUUAAACCUACUUGCAUUCAAUUCAUUGUCCUCCCACUCGCCGGGGCUAGCUGAAAAAGCUUUUGGUCUUGUCGUGAUCUAAUAGCCUUCACGUUUCCAUGAUUCAUUUUUAGAAAAUAUUUGAUGUAUUGACACUAUAUAGUUUUUACAUAUUAUUAUACUAUCAAAUUUUAAUGUCUCAUUAAUGAGAUAUUAUUUUGAAAAACAUAAUAUUAAAAUUUGAUGUCGAAACGUAUAUAGAUAUUAUUCUUUUCAAAAUAAUACUUCAUUAAUGAAAUGACAUGAUUUGGUAACUAGAUGGUAUAUAGAAAUUACAUACUGUAAAUGCAUUAAAUAUCAUUGACCAUUAGCAUUCAUCAAAAACCGGUGCAUGCCCAUCACUUUAAUACAAUUAGCUAUGAGGUAAAUACUACCAAUUAAAAUCCCAACAAACAAAAUCACUAAAACAAGUUCACAGUCUGUAAAUGAAUGCAUUUGAACGAAAUGGAAGGUAGCAGGUGUCAAUUUUUUUUAAGCUUAUUUAUUUUUACCAAAUAUGGUAUAUAAAAAGUUUAAUGGAAUGAUCUUAAGAGAUAUUGAACCUGCACUUUGUAUUAGUCCCAAAAAUGUAUUUGCUAAAGAUUUUUAAUGGUUUUUUUUUGGGUCCAGUAUAGUAAACUAGCAGAGAUUUGCUAAAGGAUGAGGAGAGCUAGAAUAUUGAUGGAAGGAAAACCAGUCAUCUCUUUUGACUACUAUAACCUCUCUUUGAACUAGACGGUUAAUAACCAAGUUAAGGAGUAGUGGGAGGGAGUUAACGGCAGUUAUGGUUACUCCAGAAGCCCGCCCUUUGUUGAAAAUUCAAACCAUCCCCAGUUGGGCGGGUACGGGUAUGGGUGUGGCACUGUUUUCUUUUGCUGAUCGCAGUACUCUAUCUCAAGUCUGCGAGAAAGAGAAUACUGUCACAAUAAGUGUGAGGUUGAACAGAAAGGAGAUAUAACACAUUGUAGGAACAUGAGCCUUGACAUUAACACCAAGUUGCUCUUGGUGUUUUCAUUGUUUUGUUUCAAUGUUGUUUUUGCUGGGGAAAGUGGAGCAAGAAGGGCAGAUUUAGGAAUGGAAGGCUUUGAACAACAUGGAAGAGGGCUUGGGUUAUCACAUUACAAGGGAAGGAGCUCUCAUUUAUUCAAUGUCAAGAGCUUUGGUGCUCGAGCGGACGGACUGACUGAUGACAGCAAAGCCUUCAGAGCAGCAUGGAAGAAAGCAUGUCAGGCUGCAGGUGAGGUAGACCUUGUGAUUCCAAAAGGGACAUACUUGCUUGGCCCCGUCAAAUUUGCAGGCCCCUGCACAAAUGUGUCUAAAAUAACAGUUCGUGUGAAGGGUUAUCUGAAGGCAACAACAAACUUGUCUAAAUAUGGAUAUAGUGCUGGUUGGGUUGAAUUCAAAUGGGUGGAGGGGCUAAUUUUGACUGGAGGAGGGACUUUUGAUGGGCAGGGUGCCAAAGCAUGGCCUUACAAUAGGUGCCCCACUAACUUCAACUGCAAACUUCUUCCAACUAAUGUAAAAUUUGUGGGGACGAAUAGGACGGUUGUAAGAAGCAUAACUUCAGUAAAUAGCAAGUUCUUUCAUAUGGCUCUUGUCGAAUGCAAGAACUUCAAGGGCACUAAAAUCAAGAUUUCAGCCCCAGCAGAUAGCCCUAACACAGAUGGGAUCCAUAUCGAAAGAAGUUCUAGUGUACACUUUUCACGAUCACUUAUAGGUACAGGUGAUGACUGCAUCUCUAUUGGACAAGGAAAUUCUGAGGUCACCAUCACAAGCAUCAGCUGCGGGCCAGGUCAUGGCAUCAGCGUUGGAAGUCUGGGAAGAUAUAGGAAAGAAGGUGAUGUAAGUGGCUUAGUGGUUAGAGACUGCACAAUUACAGGGACCACGAAUGGGAUUAGGAUCAAGACAUGGGCUAACUCUCCAGACAGAAGUGCUGCCACGAAUAUGACAUUCGAAAACAUUCACAUGAACAAUGUGACCAAUCCGAUUAUAAUCGAUCAGGCAUACUGUCCAUUUGCAUCUUGCACCCCAAUGGGAACAUCUCAAGUGAAACUGAGUGACAUAUAUUUCAAGAAAAUAAAGGGAACAUCAUCAUCUGCAGUGGCGGUAACACUAGAAUGUAGCAAAGGGAUCCCAUGCCAGGAUAUUUACCUUGAAGAUGUUCACUUGGACCUGGCAUCAGGGGAGAAACAAGCGACUUCCACUUGUAAAAAUGUCAGGGCUAAAUACAUUGGCACCCAAAUCCCACCACCAUGUGCUUAGCACAAAGCAGAAUUUUGAUCUUUCAAGUAACCCUGCAAUUAAAUCAGCAAUAUUUAUGCAGUUUGUAUACUUGUGUGUUUGUGCUGGCUAUCCCUGGAUGGUUUUGUUAGUCUACAAAUUUUAGUGGU